CAAUUUGUUACAAGUUCAAAGGUUUUUGGAGGAAUUCCAGAGGUUUUUUUUUAACACAAAUUAUAUUUUAAAUAUUUAUUCAAAAUAAUAUUUUAUUUUUUAAAUUACUAUAGUUUGAUAUUUUUAUUGUUUUAUGAAAUAUAUAAAAUAUAUAGUUUAUAAAAUUUGAUUUUCAAGAUUUAUUUUUCAUUUCAAACAGUUUGAUUUUCAUUUUAAAAAUGUGAAAUAUUUUAAUUUUAUGUUUCAAAUAGCGUCAUUGGAAGUGGUAUUUGGAUUCAUUGGAUUUUUAAAAUCCAUAUUUUCUAAUUAGCUAAAAUUUGGGAGAACUUAUAAAACCCCUAUAUAUCGGCUUCUUUUUGCUGACAAGAAAUAAAAAACCGGUUCUCUUUAUGUUUUAAUUUUCUAAACCGGAUCGACUAGAUAUUAAAAAAUCAAGGGAUGAGUUUUCAAUAUAUAAAACAAAGGUAUUUAUUCACUUACGUACCUAACCUAAUCGUGUGUUUAGCUAGCCUAUACAGUAUACAGUAUAAUGAUAGACUCUUCGGUUCAAGCCGCCGCCUCUGCGGUAGUCGAACCACGGUGGAAAAAGAGGAAACCGAAUCCAUCUCCACCGUCGUUUUCGUCGCUUCCAGAUGUAAUAAUACUAAACUGCUUGGCCCGCAUAUCCAUGUCCUACUACCCUAUACUCUCCCUAGUCUCCAAGACCUUUCGCUCUCUCAUCUUAUCUAGAAACCUCAACCACGCACGGUCUUACCACAAAACACAAGAAAAGUUAUUUUAUAUAUGUUUGCAGCUUCCUGACCGUCCUCUUCCCUUAUGGUUCACCCUCUGGAUAAAACCUUAUCAAACCGAGGAAGAGAAUAUGAAGAAGAAGAAAGCUACCUUGGUACAAGUACCCUCUUCCUAUGCUCGUAGAGAACCAUUGUUAGUCCGUACGGUUGGUUCAGAUAAAUAUGCAUUAAGACAACGCUAUCCCCCGUCCCCGUUCAUGUUAGUCCGCAAUAAAGAGAGAGAUAUAUGGCGUAACACACCUAACAUGACUGUCUCUCGAGUGAAUCCCGCUGCAUGCGUACUCCACGGGAAGAUAUACGUAAUGGGAGGGUGCAAUGCAAAUAAAUCCGCGAAAAGCUGGGGUGAGGUUUUCGAUACAGAGACUCGAACAUGGGAGCCUUUACCUGACCCCGGAGACGAGCUCCGGUUCUCUUCAGUGAUUAGAGAAAUAAAGAUUAUCCGAGGGAAGCUCCUCGUUAGGAGCAACGACGAGAAAGACUCUGUCUAUGAUCCGAAAACACGUAAGUGGAAAGCUACGGCAAAAGCACGCGAGGAUGACAGUAGGUGUAUGGUAGGUAAUAUAAAUUACUCUUGUCGUAGGGAAUGUUGCAUGUGGUAUGACAAAGAGGGUAACGAGUGGAAACAUGUCAAGGGGUUGUCUUCAUUCAAUAGGAGUUGUCGUCGUGGUUUGAUUAAAACAGUUGAAUACUGUGGGAAACUUUUAAUCUUGUGGGACAAGUUUGCGCAUUGUGAAGAAAAAACUAUUUGUUGUGCUUUGGUUGCGCUUGAAAAGCGCCAAAAUGGUCAAGUUUGGGGGAAGGUUGAGUGGUCUAAUGUUGUGCUUACGGUUCCCAGUUCAUACGUUUUCUUGCGUUCUUCCGUGAUACGGAUUUGAUCAAUUGUAUCUACUUUUUUUCUGUCGGGAAUGGCUUUUAGAUUUAUUUGUUUAAACAUUGGUUAUAUAAAACUAUUGGUAGCUUUGCUUAGCCUUUAUUAAUCAGUUUGCAACUUGUUUUUUCUCUAAUGGUUUUUCUUCUCGUCUAUGUUUAGUGCUGAUGACUACAAAAUAGUAGAAGAACAACAUAUUUAGAGGAAAUGUUUAACUAGUUGAAUAUAAAUCGUCAACGGAGGUUGGGGGCAGAUAAAUCUAUGAACUUGGGGCGAGGUUUUCGACUCUAAGACUUAAACUGGGGGGUGGGGGGAGGGGAGCCUCGAUUCUCCCAUUAAAACAAUAGAGGUUAUAUUGGGGGGAGCCUCGAUUCUCCCAUUAAAACAAUAGAGGUUAUAUCCAAAGUAAGGUUUACCUUAUAACCACGAGAAGAUGGAUUAUGUUUACGAUCCGAGAAAAAAAAAAUGGAAGAUGGAUUAAACUGGGGGGGAGCUAGAUCCUCGAUUCUCCCAUUAAAACAAUAGAGGUUAUAUUCAAAGUAAGGUUUACCUUAUAACCACGAGAAGAUGGAUUAUGUUUACGAUCCGAGAAAAAAAAAUGGAAGAUGGAGUAAACUGGGGGGAGCUAGAUCCUCGAUUCUCCCAUUAAAACAAUAGAGGUUAUAUCCAAAGUAAGGUUUACCUUAUAACCACGAGAAGAUGGAUUAUGUUUACUAUCCGAGAAAAAAAAAUGGAAUAAUGUAUAAAAAACCUAUGUGUUUCUUUUUGGUAAAGAAUGUAUGGUACCGUUACGGUACAGAAAAUUGUUGAUUGAUAUAGUUAAUAUUGUGGGACAAGUUUGUGCAUCCCGAUCGUCAAUAUUAAUAUGGUUGGCGUGCGGUGAUUGCACUUAGAAAACGCACUGAUGAUGAAGUUUGAGGAAGAUUGUACAUUUUGUGCAGUUGUACAUAGGGUUCCAAUUCAUAUGUUUUCUUGUUUGGGCUAGUGACAUUCCUUUGAUCAAC